UUCAAAAUGUGCGCAAAUAGUUUUAGUUAACGUUAGUUGAAAUGUUUAUUCAUUGUUUUAUUAACGUUAAACUGUUAUUAUGGAGAUUCAAGUUUGGUGAUGGAGUGGGAACAACUUGAGCUGAAUCCAAGGAUUAUUGCUGCUGUUAAAAAAGGCAAUUUUAGAUCAGCCAAAGAGAUCCUGUGUGUAUCUGGUCCAGAUCUGCAGAGACUGACGCGCUUGUCAAAGGCUGAUGUCCAGCGUCUUCAUCAGGCGGUAGCGGCUUCUGUGCGCAAGUCUAAACCCGUCACAGCAUUGCAGUUGAUCCAGGGAGAAUGUCCUGUUUUGGAGCCUGGACACCGGCUCUCUUUUGCCUGCCCUGUUCUGGACGGUCUGAUGCGUGGUGGUCUCCCAUUACGAGGAAUAACAGAACUGGCAGGCGAGAGCGCUGCUGGAAAAACCCAGUUUUGUUUGCAGCUUUGCUUGUCUGUCCAGUAUCCACAAGAACACGGAGGACUGAAUUCAGGGGCUGUUUACAUUUGCACUGAGGAUUCUUUCCCUAUCAAACGACUACGGCAACUCAUUACCCAGCAGCCCCGGCUCAGACCUGACCUGCCGCCAGCCCUGAUCCACAGUCUGCGUUUUAGUGACAACAUCUACAUCGAGCAUGCAGCAGACCUGGAGGCUCUGCAGGUGUGUGUGUCUCAGCGUGUGCCGGUGCUGCUGAAGCGAGGUCUGGUCAGACUGCUAGUGGUAGACUCUGUGGCAGCUCUGUUUCGCAGUGAGUUUCAGGCUGAUGAGGCCGUUCAGAGGUCUCGACAUCUGCUGGCUUUUUCCAGUACGCUCCACCGCCUCAGUCACACAUACGCUGCACCUGUACUGUGUGUCAACCAGGUUACAGAUGUUGUUGACGGCCCAAAUCCAGGAAGAUGCGAUUAUGGACUGGUGGGCAGUAAAGUGCUUCCAGCAUUGGGCAUCGCCUGGGCCAAUCAGGUGAUGGUGAGGCUAAUGCUCAGGAGGCUGGCAGGACAGGUCAAAUCAGACAGCCGAAGCUGUGCUCCUCGAAAAUUAGAAGUGGUUUUUGCCCCACACCUGCCUCGAUCAAGCUGCCUGUGUGGGGUUUGGGAGGAAGGGGUGAGAGGAAUCCUUGAUGGAGACUCAGAUCUGCAGACACAGUGAUUCAGCAGAUGGAGAACUCUCUCUCAGUACUACAGGACAGUUAAUGGAGGUAAUAGCUCAACAUUUGUAAGGACUUUGUGAGGAAUGGUUGCAUUUUUACCAUUUGAAACGAAUAUGCAUUAUUUCCAAGUACGUUUGUAAAAUCAAUUCAAUUUUUUAUAAUACUUUAAUUUCUUUUCUUUUUUUUAAAUAUUGAUAUUAUGUCCUUUAAUAAAUGUUUUUUUAUGUUUUCAAA